AUAUGUAAUUCRUUGUGAACAGGACAUUUAAAACUUAGGUUUAGUUAGUCGUACACAGAAAUCCUGGAUAAAAAUCUGAUAUAAAUAUUUAUGUUCCAUUUUCUUAUCGAUUGUGGCUUUAUUUUUAAAUGGUUCAUAAAAAAUAUAGUUGCUGGUAAACUCAAAAAUAUCUCAUUGUGAGGAAAUUUUGUUCAUCAGCUGAUACUCACAGUGAUUACUUUGACAUUGGCGUGACAUUUUUGGAAGGCGGAAGCGUAGCAGUAACCAUCUGGCAAUAUUUUUUAUUAUUUUGUGGGAUUARUUUUUGUUAAAAUAGUGAAUUUGUGCAUAUUAAAGAAUUCGAGGGGCUAAGAACGAAUCUUACAUAAGGAUAUUGCAGGGAGGGCUGCAUGACAAACCGCAAGAGCCCCCAGAAACGGCUCUUAAAAUAGUUUGAUCUCGCUUGCUCUUACAARGAAGCUGUUGCUUUCGAAAGCAAAAAAAUGCGUUCACGCAGUAAUUCGGGCGUCCGGUUGGACUAUUACCAGCGUAUAGUGCACCGCCUGAUCAUGUCGCACCAAGAACCUGUUACUGGCUUAUUCCCUGCCUCAAACAUUAAUUCCCAUGCUUGGAUACGUGAUAAUGUUUACUGUAUAUUGGCCGUAUGGGGUCUUUCGAUGGCCUACAAGAAAAUUGCGGAUCAAGAUGAAGAUAGAGCUAAAUGCUAUGAAUUGGAACAAAGUUGCGUGAAAUUAAUGAGAGGUUUGCUUAUGGCAAUGAUGAAUCAAAAAGAUAAAGUAGAAAGAUUCAAAAUGACGCAAAACCCAUUGGACUCAUUACACGCGAAAUAUUCGAGUAAAAAUGGACAGCCUGUAGUUGGAGAUGGGGAAUGGGGUCAUUUACAAAUCGACGCAGUUUCUUUAUAUCUUUUGAUUUUAGCACAAAUGACAGCAUCUGGGUUACAGAUUGUAUUUUCUUUAGAUGAAGUUUCAUUUAUUCAAAAUCUGGUAUUCUACAUAGAGUCGGCAUAUUGUAUUCCGGAUUAUGGUAUUUGGGAGCGAGGCGACAAAACUAACCACGGUGAGCCAGAACUAAACGCAAGUUCAAUUGGUAUGGCCAAAGCAGCUCUGGAAGCAAUGAACGAAUUGGACUUAUUUGGUGCCCGAGGAGGUCCUGCAAGUGUUAUACAUGUUUUAGCUGAUGAAGCACAUAAAUGUCAGGCUGUUUUGCAAUCUAUGCUACCACGUGAAUCAAACAGCAAAGAACUUGACUCGGGAUUGCUUUGCGUAAUUGGAUUUCCAGCGUUUGCUGCUGAUGAUCCACAAUUAAUACGUAACACGAAAGAUGCCAUUUUAUCACGACUUCAAGGUAAAUAUGGCUGCAAACGCUUUUUACGAGAUGGCUACCGUACACCCAAAGAGGAUCCAUCUCGCUUAUACUACGAACGUUGGGAACUCAGAAUGUUUGAAAACAUCGAAUGCGAGUGGCCUCUGUUUUAUUGUUACCUUAUUCUUUUCCACGCUUUUCAAAAUGACAAAUUAGCAGUGAAGGAAUAUGCAGAUCGCCUUGAGAGAAUUAUGGUCCGAGCAGACGAUGGGACAUUACUUAUACCUGAAAGUUAUGCAGUUCCUCAUAAUUUGGUAUCAAACGAAUACCAACAUCCCGGCUCGCAACGGCGUGAAGUAGUAGGCAGAUGCCCAUUUCUUUGGGGACAAUCUUUGUUCAUAUUAGGUCGACUAUUACAGGAGGGUUUCUUAGCAGUCGGAGAAUUAGAUCCGCUUAAUCGUCGUCUAGGUGCCCAAAAGAAACCUGACGUUGUUGUGCAAGUGGUAAUCAUAGCUGAGGAUAACGAAAUACGUGACAAGUUGACAGAGCAUGAUUUGCAUGUACAAACAAUAGCUGAGGUGGCUCCAAUUGAAGUACAGCCAGCUCGAGUUCUUAGCCAUUUGUACACGUAUUUGGGUCGUAAUCGGAAAUUGGGAUUAACAGGGCGUAAGUCUCGCGAUGUGGGUAUUUUGAGCACCAGCAAAUUAUACUCACUGAAAGAUCGUAUAUUUGCCUUUACACCACAAAAUAUCGAUUUUGAAGAGUACUACACAACUCGUGAUCCUGAUUUGCUUGCUAGCAAUUUCACAACAAAUUUAGCUUUCCUAACAAACAAUUGGCGGCACAUGUUAGGAAGACCCACUAUAACUCUAAUGGCCACGCAUUACAUGCUAGAUCAAGAUAAAAUACCAUUGGCUAUGAUCCAAACAAUGCGUAAGCUUAAGUCUGGAUAUAUUAAUGGCACUCGAGUUAUGCUGGGCAACCUCAAGGACUUCUUAAAUACGUCCGCCAUCACCGAUCUAAGCUUUUUGGGAAGCACAGAAGAUGGUUACCCAGAUCGUUUAAAUCCCGACGUACAGGCAUAUUUGGAUGAGCACUUGUUGCGCUCAUUUAGCCAUCGCGGCAUGAUGAAACUACAUGGCGCUCAUUUGCGGCCACGUCAAUUACGCAGACGUAUGUCUUGCAAGGGUGCUAUUAAAAAAACCCGUUCAAUUAAUGUCGAUUCUGAUAAUUUGGGUAUGGAAGGUCCGACACCAUUAACGGAAAGACGUUUAUCAUCGGUGAUUCCGCCACCAUGGUUGCAGCCAAAUAAGGCUAACAAUAUCAGUGUUUUUGCAACAACACCAGAAGAAGGUCCCACCAUAACAGUGGAUCCAUUGAUUCGUGAAAAUAUCUACCCCAUUGAUCCUCAUCAUAGCCGUUCGGCCAUUGAACGCCGCAGUGAGUUUACAAGACAACAAGAAAUACAAGCUAUACCGAAAAUUCUUGUUCAACGCCAUCGCACGGACACUAAUUUCGCCGACACAGAAGUAGAGGAAUUAAUUGCAAUGUUGCGUGAAACCGAGAAUUUGGAAGAGCAAGGAGACAUUUUGCAAUAUUUGGUCGACACACAGGGGUUGGACUUCAAUACUGCUGGCUUAGGUUUGAGGAAUAAAGAUUCCGACGUUGAGCAGGAAGAUGCGGAUGAGGCCAUUGCUAUUGCUUCAGUCAUAAAGGGCGAGCUAUGUGACAAUACAGAACUUCUACCUACGGUUAUCAUUGACACUACUCUUACUAAUUCUUCACUUCUUCCCACUCAAGGGAUGUUGGAGGAAGGUCGCGUCGUUACGGUGCGUGAUCUCCUUAAAGGCCUCUACGAAAAAGCUUGCCAACAGAAACUUUGGGGCCUCGUGCGCCACACAGCCGGAAUGCUUGGAAAACGUGUCGAGGAUCUUGCCAAGGCCGUAACCGAUCUGUUGGUGCGACAGAAGCAGGUGACUGUAGGAAUGCCACCCAACAAUGAAUACACAAUUACUGCGCCUUUACCGGAGAUUGAGUUACGUCAAUUGAUCCAUGAUACUUAUGGUGAUGAUGAAAGUACUGCGAUGUUGACGCAGGAAUUAAUGGUGUAUCUAGCUAUGUUUAUACGUACCGAACCCCAACUAUUUCAUGAAAUGUUGCGCCUGCGCGUAGGGCUUAUUAUUCAGGUCAUGGCUAAGGAGUUAUCACGUACGCUUAAUUGUGACGGCGAGGCAGCCUCGGAACAUUUGCUCAACCUGUCGCCAUUUGAAAUGAAGAACUUGCUCUAUCACAUACUGAGCGGAAAAGAAUUUGCUGUGAGCAGUGUUGCACGUGGAAAUCUGUCAAUCGUAAGCUGUAAAUCAAGUCGUGUCAGCAAAAAAAGUCAAAUAGGUUUGGGCGAUCAAGAGGGAGAUGAUGCACUUAUAGCAACAAUCGAUGAUCGUCAAGGUCAAUGGUUAAGACGCCGCCGCUUGGAUGGUGCUCUGAAUCGGGUACCACGUGAUUUCUAUUCUCGCGUCUGGAGUGUACUUGAAAAAUGUCAAGGUUUGGCAAUCGAAGGACGCAUAUUACCGCAGAGUUUAACACAAGAAAUGACAACCGGCGAAUUGAAAUUUGCUUUAGAAGUAGAAACGGCACUUAAUCAAAUUCCACAACCUGAAUAUAGACAAUUGGUGGUGGAAGCCCUUAUGGUGCUCACACUUAUGACAGAACAUAAUAUGGUACCCUCCCUAGGCGGUAUUAUAUAUGUUGAACAUUUGGUACACAAAGCCAAUCAACUGUUUCUAGAAGAUCAACGUAAAGUGCAAGGUGAUGCUAUGCUAUGUUGUGCCAAAUCCAAAGAGGGCAAGGACCAGCAGGCAGCUUCCGGUAUGCUCUUAUGUGGAGGUGCAGCAUAUAUCUGCCAACAUCUAUAUGAUAGUGCACCCAGUGGUAGCUAUGGCACUAUGACAUAUAUGGCUCGUGCAGUUGCUCUUGUUCUGGACUGUGUGCCAAAGCAUGGAGAAAUGGAAUGUGUUAUAUCCUAAAUAGUUGCGCUAAAGGCUAUACUAUUAAUUUGGUCUAUUACAUAUAUAUAUAUACAUAUAUAUUCGACAAAAAAUUUGYUUAUAAUGCCGAACCAUCGUAAGAUAAUUUUUAAAGAGUUAUUUCUUUCGACGUAUUUCCAGCAGGGGCGGAACACCCGUAUGACACCAUAAUUGUAUUGACAUUUUUCUUGUUUUAGCGGAUUUAUUGAAUAAAGUUUUUUGCAAAAAUAUUAAAACAAA